GCCUACACGCACACAGGUUAUAUCUCAUUGAUAUAUUAAACACAAUUGAUAAGAAAUUCAGUAUCGAUGCAGUUGAAAUUCUUUCAUCCAUUUUUGCAAAAGGCAGGAGCAUCACCACAUACAAUACUCAGUAGUUAUGAAUUCACUGAAAUUUUUUUAAAUCCAGUGUUAUCACCAUAUUGUUCUUAGCACUUGUUUAUCAAGUUGAUUUCCUUCCUUCGUGACUUUCACAUUUACAUGUAUAUGAAAAGUUAGAUAUCAAUUCAUCAUACUGUACCUACCUUAUGCAUAGCUGCUUCUACCCUACCCGGUAUCGCGACAAUUUUCUCUGGGAUCUUCUUCAUUACAUCAGCAACAUGAACAGUCCCAAACUUGGCAGUAAAGGAUUUGAGCAUGUUGCCCCCUCUUGACUCACUGCUACCAGAAUCCCUAAUCGAAGUCUUUGAUCGAAACAUUGCUCCUGAAGUGUUUUACCUCAUAAAAUAAGCACCUUCCUGUUUGUUGAAAUCUAUUACGUGUCCGCGGUUUCUAGAGCUUUUCAAAAACUUUAGAGAGAGGGGAGCUGAGUAAUUUUCACUCUCUCUUUCUGCCUUGAUCACAGCAGAGUUUUUGUCUCCAGGUAUAGCUGCUGUGUUGGCAAGAACUCAAAAUAACUCUGGGUAGUGUGCUGGUGAUGAGUUGAUUAGUAGAGUGUGUCUUAAUACAAGAAUGAAUGUGCAGGCAUACUGAACGUGUAAACUACCAGUAUUUUGCUCCCCAUAUGGAAUCAUGCACCCUCAUUAUUCUCUUCAUGUAGAUUUGUAGCACAGAAAGAGCAACUGGAAAAUUAUGAUAGCCUCCGAGCAGUGGUGCUUGUCCCCGGCUUCAUUUCAUUGACUUCCUUGGCCCCCCUUGUAUUAAAGGCAUGUAGACAACCAGUCAGCAACCAGCACUGCAGGUUUUUCCCUGGUACCAUCACAAGAGUGUCUUGUUACAGGAAUUAUCAUUUUCUAUUUCAUUGAGAGAUUAUGACAGUGCACUGCAUGACUAUACAGCCCUGCAGUCAUUUGCCCUCUGGACCCCGUCUUGUGAUCAGAAAUAGAACGAGGGGCAUGUUACCGAACAAGUACUUUGGGUAGUGUUCACUGUUGGAAAGUGAUUUCACUUUCUUUUCAGCAUGGAAUCAUCACAAAGUUUUGAAUCGUACUGGUGGCAGAGGGAUCCAUCAGUUACCGAGGCAACGGCAAACUCCCGAGGUGGGCUGGAGGAAUUCAAUCCUUUUGAAGACUCAAACAGACAGGCAAGUAAUGGUUCGAAAACAACACCAGUAGCUGCCCCGUUACCAGUUAAACCCCAGCAACAGCCUGCCGUGAUGGCACCAACAUCAGAGUUACCACCAUCAUACACACAGUCAGCAGCUCAACCAGCUGUUAGUGAAGGAGCAGCAGAAUUACAAAAGAGACAGGAAGAGCUAGAAAGGAAGGCUGCGGAACUUUCAAGAAGAGAACAACAAAUGAGAAGUGCACAAUAUAACACACGAGAAAACAAUUGGCCACCGCUUCCCAAAUGGUUUCCUCUCCAGCCCUGUUUCUAUCAAGACUUUGCUGUUGAUAUCCCCUUGGAAUUCCAGAGGACAGUCAAAAUGGGAUACUAUCUUUGGAUUGCUUAUGCUUUGGUGUUGAUACUGAACAGUAUCUUUGCUGUGGUAUACCUUGGUGUUGCCGGGGGUGCUAGCUCGGGAGUGUGCUUUGGUCUCAGUCUGGUCGCACUCUUCAUAUCCACCCCCUGUGCGUUUGUCUGUUGGUAUAGACCAAUGUACAAAGCAUUUAGGAGUGACAGCUCCUUCAACUUCUUUCUCUUUUUCUUCAUAUUUUUCUUCCAAUUUAUUGUUACUGUUGUGCAAGCGAUAGGCAUUGAUCAGUUUGGAACAGUAGGUAUAAUCAAUGGCCUUUCGUUGAUAGGCUCAGGUAGUAAAGGUGAUGACAAGUCUGGAAUGAUUAUAGGUGGACUAAUGCUAAUGAUUGGUUGCAUGUUUGGCACGUUGGCUGUGUUAGACCUUCUCUAUCUGAUAAAGGUCCAUGCACUGUACAGAGGUACAGGCGCCAGCUUCUCAAAAGCCCAGGAAGAGUUUGCGAGGGGCGUCGUCACCAACCCUGGUGUACAGACUGCGACAAGGGAAGCCGCGGCCAGCGCUGUGAGCGGCGCCACCACAUCCAUGUUCAGCUCCGGUGGAGGAGCGGGAAACAACAGAAUGUGAGCCGGAGACAUUUGACAGGAGAAUGGACGUUUGUAUAUUCGGCUCUACCUGGAGUCAGUUUAGUUUUGAUGAAUAGAGAUUACCUAGAACCAGGGGUUGAUGAUGACCACAAGAGAAUCGUGUUUCCUGAUGAAGGCUGUGGAGUAACAUCAUGGAAGAAUGAUAAGCUACAGUAUGUCAAUUUUUUUCAUAAAACGACUAAUCUACUUCUUGUCAAACUCUUGCAAUAUCAGUUAGAAAAAAUAUGAUUAAUAUUAUUAAUGACAGUCUAUUCAGCAAGUUGUGAAACAAACAUGGUAUGAUUGCACUUUAUUUUCAUGAUUGAAAAUUCCUGGAAAGACACAUUUUGUAUCUAUAUCUAUAUUUAUCUCACCAUUAUGUGUUUGUCAUUAUUAUAAAUUCCUGUCUUUAUGUGUCAAAGGGCUCAUUGCCUUUAUUUUCAGUGUUAAAAUGCAAUGAAUUUCUGAAGGAAAGAAUGGAGGGGACCACCAAUAUGAAUUCCAUGUACCUCUGAUGGUAUGGUGAAAUAAUAUUAUUGAAUUGAUUAAUACCAAGAUAAAGGCUCAUAUCUGGAGAACCUCAUUGAAACCAAUCUUUCAUUACAUAUACAAUCGAGUUGACAACAGACUUGGAGAAGCUAACGAAUGAAGACUGAAUUAAGGGUCUUGAUUGAUUUAAUGAUAUGGUAUCAUUGAUAGAAUUUAAAUUGUGUAUUUUCUAUUCAAAAUUGGUUGGUUUGCCUGAUUGUUAAGAUAGAACUGUAAAGAGAGACUGGAUUACAAGGAUUAGAGUGGAUAGGUCAUGUGGUUUGUGGCAUGGGUAUUUUCAGUUUGUUGCGUAUGAUUAUAUUCAAAUGGAUAGAUAAAGAACAAGGAUUAUGAAUGUAUCGGAAUGAAUGAUAAAUUAAUGACUCAACAGUGCUAUUCUUGAAAUGCUACUGUGGUUCCCAUAUAAAAUGCUCCAUUCUAUAUGGGGUGAGGGGCAUUUAAAAAGAUUUCAGUCAGAGAUGCUAAGUUAAAACAACUUUGUGUGAGAUUUUCAUGACUCGGCAUCAUGGCAUAUGCAUGCGCUGGGUAGAGAACCAAUCAAGUAGAGUGAUGGUGUUGGAGGGUGAGUACUACCAUACCCUGACCUCGCUCUAUGGCAACCUAGCUCACUGUACCCCAAAGUUUCAUCUGUGAUCAUGUGAUAUCUGCAUGUAUAAUAUUGUUUAAAAAAAAAUAAGUGAAAAAGACGCCUGUUUGAAGGAUUCGAGAUGAUUUAUGAUAUUAUGAUACAACUUUGCAAUUGGUAAAAAAAAUACUUCACAAGAUGGUAGUUAACUGUAGUCAUUAAUAUUUGUGAUCUCUAAUAUAAACAAUACCAUGAUCUUUGUCAGGUUUCAAUAUAUAUAUUUUUAGAUAUAUGACUUUGUGAAAACAUUUCAUUCCAUAUGUUAAGUUAUGUUAAGUGAUGACAUCCAAAAUGUGAACCCUUCUGUGAUAUUUUUGUAUUUCUAUAAUGCUAUAUUUAUAAAUGUGACCAAGUUUUGAAAGUCUUUGAAAAAAAAAUGGAGGAUAUUUCAUGGCUUACGAUGAAGUUUUUCCAUAUAAAGUAAUAUUGACCUCUUGAAAUUCAAUAAAUUGAUGAAGGGAUAUUUAAAAUAGAUGUAUGUCUGCUGUAAAUUAGAUGUUGGCUGCUGUCAAACAGAUCAGUUCAUAACAAGUUUUCCUUGUUGUUUGAUGGACAAUUCAUUUGUAUCCUUCCAAGACAAUUAUAUUUGAUGUAUUUGCAUAUGAUUUGCAAUGUAUCUCCCCUUGAAUUCAUUCUUAGAAUUUCUCAUUAUAGUCAAUAAGAGAAAUAGCUUGGAGCUUAUCAGAAGUAGAAGAUGUGAUAUGAAUUGUAUGUGUAUAACACUUUCAAUUUGUUCUCAGUGAGAUGUUUUAUAUUCAAUAUUUUUGUCACAAAGAAGUUGUGUAUUAUAAUAGCGAUUAAUACUAGAUAUAUGUCUUUACAUUAUGUGGAAUAUGACACAACUGAUAUUAAAGUAUAAAAGUGAAAUUGUAGAAAGUUUAGUAAUACAUGCUCUUGAGGUAUAGAGGAUGGUAAAUCGUUAAUUAAAAUUUCGGCAAUCACAUCGUAACUUCUAGAUGCCCAAGCCAGGAGAUAAUCUUGAGAAGAUUGUGACAUGAACUUGAAGUAUUCUAUAAAUUGCUAUGAAUUGAACUAGAGAGGGAGAUUUUUUCAGCUGUAAAAAAGCAAGUGUUGUGUCUUUGCAGUAUUUUGUACUGUUAUUAUGGAAGUAUUGCUGGGUUAUGAAAAAUACCUUUCCCCACAAAUAUCAAAUUAUACACAUUUUAACUG